ACCAAUAUGGCGGCUGUUAUUGCUCGUAGUGGCUCUCGUAGUUUUUCACUGAUUUUAAGAAAACAAGCUCUUACCAUGACGAAGGGAUUAUGUUCAAGUUCAGGAGAAGAACCAGGUCCAAGAAUCUACACCAGAACAGGAGACAAAGGAUUUUCCAGUACCUUUGGUGGGCAACGACUACCAAAAACUGAUAUUCUUUUUGAAGCACUUGGUACCAAUGAUGAGCUUUCAUCACAUAUUGGGGUUGCCAAGGAAUUUUGUGAAAAUUCAGGACAUGAGGAUCUUAUCAAUAAACUAGACAAGAUUCAGUGUAUUCUACAAGAGGUUGGCUCCAACAUUGCAACUCCAAGAGACACAUCAAGAGAAAGAAAAUUGAAACAAACAGAGUUUAACGAAGGAUACAUACCAGAACUGGAAAAAUGGAUUGAUGUUUACCACAACCAGCUUCCUCCUCUUAAAAACUUUAUUCUUCCAUCAGGGGGGAAGAGCAGUGCCUUGUUACAUGUGGCAAGAACACUAUGCAGAAAAACAGAAAGAAGAGUUGUUCCUCUUGUGCAGAAUGGAAGUGUUGAUCCAGCUGUUGGGAGAUACUUAAACAGGUUGAGCGAUUUUCUAUUCACUGCUGCUCGAUAUUCAGCAAAAUGUGAAGGUAAAACAGAAGCAAUAUAUCACAGAGUACAGCCCGACUGAUUGGUAUCCUUAUGGCAACAGUUUGAGUGGCGUGAUGGGACCUACAAACAUUUAAUAGCAGGGUGAAUUACAAGCAAAUAUAUUCUGGUGCGUCGAACAGAGGGUUAUCAAGACGCAAAGAAAAUAUGUCGUAAACAUUGAAGGUGCAUGCACAUCAUGCCCCCCCCCCCCCCCCAAAAAAAAAAACGUUUUAUCUGUGCAAGAAAUUAUAGGGCCACAUUGUACAAGAAUUCACUACCUCCUCUAGGUCUACCAAUAUYGUUUAUUAAACACUUAUACCCAAGGAGAUAUCCCAUAAGGUUUUCAUGAUCGCUGUUCAAUUGUGUACGACAUUCAAUUGAAUUUAUUAAUAAUGUUGAAUAAUUUUCGUUAAAA